ACCCCUCUGCAGUCAUCCCUGAAAGCCAGGCUGUGGUCUGGACCUCCUCCCCACCUGUGUGCGCCCCUGGCCCGCCUGCGGCCCCACCGACCCUGCCAGGCUGCAUCCGCCCUGGGACGCGCUGCUGCGCUCGCCCCGGGGGCGGACUCCUGCCGCCCAACUGAGACGCGAUUCGUCAUUCUUGCAGAACUUUCCCCCUUAAAAUCCCUGCACAGAACUAGCCCUCCCUCCCGGGGGAGGUUUUGAUUUUAGUGGCUUUCCUUCCUUUUAUUUUCCAUCGUGUUUGGGUUUUGGCUGCGGAUCGAACUUGCGGCGGGUCCAAGUGCAGUUUCAGAGGUAAUCGCCCCAGAAGGCGGGUGACCCUGACACCAUGCACUCCGAAGCAGAAGAAUCCAAGGAAGUGGCCACAGAUGUCUUUAAUUCCAAAAACCUGGCCGUUCAGGCACAGAAGAAGAUCCUGGGUAAAAUGGUCUCCAAAUCCAUCGCCACCACCCUGAUCGACGACACGAGCAGCGAGGUGCUGGACGAGCUCUACCGGGUGACCAGGGAGUACACCCAGAACAAGAAGGAGGCGGAGAAAAUCAUCAAAAACCUCAUCAAAACGGUCAUCAAGCUGGCUAUUCUUUACAGGAAUAAUCAGUUUAAUCAAGACGAGCUAGCGCUGAUGGAGAAAUUUAAGAAGAAAGUGCACCAGCUUGCGAUGACCGUGGUCAGUUUCCACCAGGUGGAUUUCACCUUCGACCGGAAUGUGCUGUCCAGGCUGCUGAACGAGUGCAGAGAGUUGCUCCACCAGAUCAUCCAGCGCCACCUCACCGCCAAGUCACACGGACGGAUUAAUAAUGUCUUUGAUCAUUUUUCAGAUUGUGAUUUCUUGGCUGCCUUGUAUAAUCCCUUUGGGAAUUUUAAACCCCAUUUACAAAAACUCUGUGAUGGUGUCAACAAAAUGUUGGAUGAAGACAACAUAUGAGCAUGUGAAGUAAGGUUGCGAUUGCUCGCGAUUUAUUUGAAGGCGGAGCACUGUUGAUGUAUGAAGGAAAAGAAGCAUAUUCUGAAGAGAAAACAUAUUUCAGAAAGACUUUGACCAAUUCAAUUGUCAGACAUUAAUGAUACUAUAUGAGGCUCAUUUUAUUUGAAGCAAUGCAUAUUGCCAGGAACUGUGGUUAAAAGCUUCCUGAGGGUUAACAGAUCGUGGGACAGAGGUGGGGCUGCAAAAUGCCAAGACAGAGUUCUGCAAAGACAGAGAUGUAUGGCUCCACACCUCGGGACAUCCUUUCCAGGGCAGUUGACCUAGUGUCAGGGACACAUUGGAUAGUUCUAACAUGUGCAACGUUACACAUGUCGGAUCACUUUUAUCCCUUGCCGUGUAUAUGUACCUGUUUUAAAAAGCCAAGAACUUUCUCGUGCUUUCAUUUCUCCUUUUGAAACAAUUCCAUUUUCAAGUCUACCUUUGGCUAACGAUUUUUUUGUUAAAGAUUUUUGUCAUUGACGUUCAAGAAUUAAGGCAGUCAAAUCUGAACCCUCAAAGAAAUAGAAAACUGCUUCUCUGAAGUCAAUAUUGUAGAAACCAACUGUAUUUGAUGUUGUGAAUAAUGUCUCUGGAGUUGAGUCCUGUCUUUUAGUACCAACAGCGAUACUUCUCAAAACGUGGUAAUUCCCCAAAAUGUAAUGCAUACCAUUGCUUUGAAAUGCUUGUUGAGGGCUUCACUAUCAUGUUAUCUUGAAAGGGUUCUGAUGGAAUCUCUAUUUUUACUACUCGUUUCAAAUGUAAGAGACAAAGAGAAAAUCUAGAUAGUUCUUGAUAUUAGGACAAUAAAAAGUAAGUGGUAUUAAGAAAAAUAAAACCACUUUUAUUUUAGAUAUGAGCCCAUUUCCUACCUAAAAUAAUUUAGGGGGAUCAGGGGCAAAAGGGAAAAAAGGGUUUUGAUGCAGAACACAAGAAUGAAAAUAAAUGCAUUUCAAUGUUUAAUAAGUUUUGAUAAGUAAAUAAAGAAUGUUACUUUUUUAUUUAA